AUGUUUAUCAUGAAGGCGAUUUUCAUUCAAGUUUGUAUAAUCCAAUUGUACUUCUUAGUUGUGACAUCGAUUCAACUAAGUCCGUGUGCUAAAUGGAAUUCAACAGGAAGGACAACGGCUGGUACAGGCACUGCUGGUUCUACUUCAACUCAACUCAAUUGGCCUCAUGGAAUUUUUAUUCAUCAGCAAACCAAUUCUUUAUAUGUUGCCGAUUCGGAAAAUAAUCGUGUACAAGUAUUCCGAUUGAAUGAUCAAUCAAUGAUUGCGACAACUGUAGCAUUCAACGUAUCGGAUCCAACGAGUGUCUAUGUCGAUGACGAUGAGAAAGAUGGACCUAUUCUAUAUGUUGCCAUGGAAGGAAGUGAUCGGGUAGAAAAAUGGAUGAAAGGCGCCACUGUCGGCAUACAAGUGGGAAGUGAAUGCCGUAUUUGUUCAGGUGUUUGGUUAGAUAAACAAAAGAAUAUUUAUGCUGCGGAAGCGGUACGAUUUCGUGUAGUUAAAUGGUUAUCAACUACACAAGCAGAAAUAGUUGUUGCCGGAAAAACCGACCAAUUUGGAAAUAAAGACGAACUUUUAAAUGUUUUAGGAAGUAUUUAUGUUCAUUCGACUGAUGGAACAGUUUAUGUUGCAGAUAGACUCAACAAUCGAGUACAAAAAUGGACUAAAGAUGCAUCAUAUGGCAUUACUGUAGCUGGCAAUGGAAUUGCCAAUGAUACUGCUCAAUCUCUUGAUAAUCCAUUCGGUGUUUUUGUUGAUGAGGGAACAGGAGUUGUCUUUGUAGUCGAUACAUUCAAUGAAAGAAUUCAACGUUGGCUUCCUGAUGCUCUUCAAGGUGAAACUAUCGUUGGUGAUCCUGAUUCUACUAGCCCAUUCAAUCAAUUGAAAGGUCCGACUAGUAUGGCAUUUGACAGCGAUGGUAAUCUCUACGUUAGUGAUUCACUUAAUCAUCGAAUUCAAAAAUAUGCUUUAUUGGAUAAUUCACCAUGUUCAUCAUCAUCAGCAGCAAUCUUUUCGGUAUUAUUAAAAUUAAACCUUAUCUUUUUAUUGCCAUUGUGGUUUUAUUCUCGAUGUGAAUAA